CACUGUAGAAGGAGGAUUUACAAGUGGCAGUGUUGGGUCAGCUGUUGUCAGAGAGAGGAAUUUUUUUUUUUGGUCCUUAUCUUAUCUCUGGCUGAAACCAUGGGACUCAUUCCAUGUGUGGUGCUGCUUUCGCUUCUACUCAUUGGGGAGCUUCAAGCAAGCAUUACAGCUCCUUCUGAUAGUGGAUUUGAGCAGCCCAAGCCUCAGGGUCCCCAGGUUCCGACCUGGCUGCCCAAGCCUCAGCAGCCCCAGGUUCCCAGCUGGCAGCCCGAGGUUCCCAGCUGGCACCUCCAGGUUCCCAGUUGGCAGCCCCAGGGUCCUAGUGGGCAGCCCAAACCUCUGCAGCCCCAGGUUCCCAGCUGGCUGCCCCAGGGUCCUAGUGGGCAGCCCCAGGUUCCCAGCUGGCAGCCCCAGGGUCCUAGUGGGCAGCCCCAGGUUCCCAGCGGGCAGCCCCAGGGUCCUAGUGGGCAGCCCCAGGGUCCCAGCGGGCAGCCCCAGGGUCCUAGCGGGCAGCCCCAGGUUCCAACCUGGCAGCCCAAGCCUGAGCUGCCCCAGGUUCCCGGCUACCAGCCCAAGCCUCAGCAGCCCCAGCCCAAGCCUCAGCCCCAGCAGCCGGUCUACAAGCCCCAGCCCCAGCCCCAGCAGCAGCAGCAACAGCCCCAGCCUCAGCCCCAGCAGCCGCAGCCGGUCUACAAGCCCCAGCCUCAGCCCCAGCCCCAGCAGCCGGUCUACAAGCCCAAGCCCCAGCCCCAGCAGCCAGUCUACAAGCCCAAGCCCCAGCCCCAGCAGCCGGUGUACAAGCCCAAGCCCAAGCCUCAGCCCCAGCAGCCGGUCUACAAGCCCAAGCCUCAGCCCCAGCAGCCGGUCUACAAGCCCAAGCCUCAGCCCCAGCAGCCGGUCUACAAGCCCAAGCCCAAGCCUCAGCCCCAGCAGCCAGUCUACAAGCCCAAGCCCAAGCCUCAGCCCCAGCAGCCAGUCUACAAGCCCAAGCCCAAGCCUCAGCCCCAGCAGCCAGUCUACAAGCCCAAGCCCAAGCCUCAGCCCCAGCAGCCAGUCUACAAGCCCCAGCAGCCGGUCUACAAGCCCAAGCCCAAGCCUCAGCCCCAGCAGCCGGUCUACAAGCCCAAGCCCAAGCCUCAGCCCCAGCAGCCGGUCUACAAGCCCAAGCCUCAGCCCCAGCAGCCGGUCUACAAGCCCAAGCCUCAGCCCCAGCAGCCGGUCUACCAGCUCAAGCCAUCUGGUGGGGUUGGCAUAUAACUGCAACUUAUGUCCAACUAUGGAAGCAGACGGCAAUCUGGCUACAACCCUUAUUAAAGCAGAAGGUGUUUCAUCUGAUGAGCCUUUUUGAUUUAUUGUUUGUGCCUGGACAUCCUAAAUAAAAUGUUGUAUUACA